UACACAGCCAUAAAAUUUGUCUCCUAAGCUCCUAACGGUCAAAUAUUAGCUAGCCUCUGGCCUAACUUAAGGAUAGUUAUUUGGUUCGUUGUCCAUUUCUCCGAAUUCCAACAUUUCCGGCAGUUUUCGGCUGCAUUUUAAUGCAGCAGAGCCAUUUGAGCGCCAAACGACAGAGCAGCAGCAGUAACCCUAGCUUGGCUAGAGCCGCCCGUUUUAAAGACAAAAGAUAAAGAGAGCAAGCUAGCUGGAGAGUUAUUAGCUUAUAUUCAGUGCCAUACUUACUAGCUGAAACUAGCUAACAAGGACUGUAGCUAUGUUUAGGAAUAAGACUGCCUGGUUUUCCAACAGUGUGCCACAGGCAUGUCACAACUUUUGGAUAUUGGAGGGUGGAACCAUUGCAGGUUGGCGAACAGCACUUUACCUUUUCAGUGAGGAUGCUACAUGUCCUGAUACUCUAAGGAUAUUUGAGAGCAAAGAUUACCUUAGGAACAAGGUGGUGGUUUUUCACAGCUUGUUUCUGUCUGCCUGUGAGAAGCGCCAGAGUGUAAAGUCUGUGUGCAUUGGUCAUUAUGUGCUGCCUCCAGCCUCAGUACAGGACGAGGUGAGAAACGUGGUUGGGAGGUUGAUUUGGGAGUGUGAAGAUGAGCAGUCAGUAGCACAGAAGAGUUUCAGUUGCCUACCAGAAGAUAAAUGCAGUGAAGGAGAAGUCAGCAGAAGCGAAUAUGUUAAAAGUUUCCACGGGUACAUCGGCAUGGACAACCUGCAGAAAUAUUCAGGUGAUCUGUGUGAUUUCCACCCUGGGUUUUUCCAAUGCUCCAACUGUAAGGCCCACUACUGCUUGCCGCACACAAAAGCAAACAUGCACUAAGAGAAAAGUAUGUUAAAGAAGAACAAGUAGCAGCUGUGCUAUUCACAGUCAUGAGCUGGAGAUAAUUUACUGGCAAAUUAUUUAUUAUGUUUAUGUUUGCGUACCUGCACGUGUGUAUGUAGUGUAGAUGUAUAUCCUGACAUAAAAUAAAUCUGUGUGGCUAAUGCUGAUCUCA